ACUGGUCAAAUAACCAUUCCCUACAUCAAUUUUAUGGAAACACGAAUGCGCGUUAUCGCUUAAUAGAAUUUGUACAGCAAGGUUCCAAAACAGCAUACUUUUGCUUUAGUAGAAACCUUUGCUUUAGUGAAUGAUUUUUACAUUUCCAUUUAAUUUGUUACUAUUAUUUUAUUGCUUAUUUGUACAUGGACUAUAUCGUUUUGCACUUCAGAUUGCACUUUUAAUACAACAUACCAUCUUGUUUCAAAACGUAAGCAAUAAUGCCGAUUAACAUUCAUUUGUACUUUAUCGUUAUCACUAGCUUAACUGGCUCUUAAAGUGGUACUAUAAAUAUUGCGGGCAUGAUUAACGUAGUUACUUAUUUCACAGGUGUCUGCAGCACCGCAGCACAGUUCAUUCGUACAUUAUGAACGAGUUGUUGGCAAUAAUGUGCAUGCUGUCGUGCAGUUCUGUCGUCGGUUUCCAAAUCAUCCACCCGAUGGCCAACAAGCGAUCAAAUCAGCUGGAACCACCUGUAUCGAUUUUAAAUGAGACAACUCAACGGAUCGUGGGAGGACACGAGAUUGACAUUGGUGCUGCCCCGUUCCAGGCUUCGGUGCAGUCGCACGGUGUGCAUGUGUGCGGUGGCUCCAUCAUCCAUCAGCAAUGGGUUUUAACUGCAGGACACUGUGCAAGUUCAUCGAAAGAGCCCAACAGUUUGAGUGUAAGAGUCGCUAGCAUUCACCACAACCAGGGAGGCCAGAUUGUCAACGUUGAAGAAUCUAUCAGACAUCCUCUCUACGAUGAGCAGCUCAUAAUCGAUUAUGAUGUUUCGCUUUUGAGGCUGGAACAGUGUUUGACAUUUUCACCAAACGUACAAGCCAUCCGGCUUCCCACGCAGGACGAGUUUUUCCAGGAUGGAACUGUGUGUGUGGUCAGUGGAUGUGGUGCUACACAAAACCCGGUCGAAUCAAGUGACCGGCUCAGAGCGACGGAUGUACCGCUGGUUAACCAUGCGGUUUGCCAGACGGCUUACAUCUCGGCGGCAGCCACUAUUACCGACCGAAUGAUCUGCGCUGGCUAUUUCAGUGGGGGACGGGACGCUUGUCAAGGUGAUUCCGGAGGCCCUCUCUAUUACGAAAACACAUUGAUUGGCGUUGUCUCUUGGCGAACAGGCGACUGUGCGGAGGUCAACUUUCCAGGUGUGUACAGUAGAGUCGCUUCGGUACGUGCAUGGAUAUAUGAAGUAAGCGAUGUGUAGUUUUCUAGCGUGUGCACUCGUUCCCUAACCCGUUCCCUCUGGUAAGAGAAUUUUGGAUUUGUAUAUUAUUUAAGCAAUUCAAUUUUCUUUACAAUUUCUAUACAAUACAUGUUUUUUAUGUCGUUGUUGCUAUACA